AUGAAGUUCUCCCUGCUCGCCUUCUCGGCCAUCGUGCCGUUGGCUGCCGCACACUUUAAGCUGAUGUACCCUACCUCGCGUGGCUUUGACGAAGAUACCAUGACCAACUUCCCUUGUGGUGGGAUGAGCCAGUCAUCCAACCGCACCAAGCUACCACUGUCUGGUGGCUCAUUCCCCGUCGCGCUUGAAAUGCAUCAUUCCCAGACUGCCGUCGAGGUCCUUCUUGCUCUUGGCAACGAUCCAGGGGACAACUUCAACAUUGUUCUCACUCCGACUUUCCAGGUCAAGGGCCUUGGCGAGUUCUGUCUUCCUCAUGUCGAGAUCAAUCAGAAGCUCAUCGGCCGUAACCUCACCAAUGGAAUGAACGCUACCCUUCAGGUACAGACCAACGGUGACCCAACUGGUGGUCUCUAUGCGUGCGCCGAUAUCCAAUUCUCCUCCGACGUCACAUACCAGACUCCAUCUGCCUGCAGCAAUAAUACCAACCUCGUUGCCACCGCCUUCUCCAAGGACUCCGCUGCGCGCAACGCCAACGAGUCUACUUCUGAGGGCCAGGCACAGAGUGGGUCCUCAUCCCCGUCCUCCACUUCCAAGGGUGCUGCUAUGCCAAUGCAAACUGCCGCUUGGGGGGUAAUUGGUGCUGCUCUGGUCGGUGGCAUUGCCGUGCUGUAA